AUUUUAAAAUGUAUCACUAAAGAAGAACAAGUACGGGUAGGAUGGUCUAUGGUCUAUUUGUCAUGUGCUCGGAAUGUCAUUCUCACUGUCUUUCAUGUUUGCAUUUUGCAGAAGUGCUGUUCACAAACAAAAAUGGCGGAAGCAACUGCUACUAUUCGUACCCGCAAAUUCAUGACAAACAGACUGUUAUGUCGGAAACAAAUGGUCGUCGAUGUUCUUCACCCAGGACAGCCCUCGGUUAAGAAAACCGACAUUAGGGAGAAGUUGGCUAAAAUGUACAAAGUCACACCUGAUGUAGUCUUCGUUUUUGGAUUCAAAACGAAUUUUGGUGGUGGUAAAUCUACUGGAUUUGCAUUGAUCUAUGAUACAUUAGAUUUUGCCAAAAAGUUUGAACCCAAGCACAGGUUAGCAAGACAUGGUUUGUACGAGAAGAAACAACAAACUAGGAAACAACGUAAAGAAAGGAAGAACAGAAUGAAGAAAGUUAGGGGCACCAAAAAGAGCAAAGUUGGUGCUGCUGCCAAAAAGGGUGGCAAAAAAUAAUUUCUAUAGAAUUUAAUUAAUUUUAUGGACACGUUGGAGGAACAUAAGUCUGUGCGAUACUUGUGUCAUUUCAGAGAUAUUGAGGAUAUUGCACAUAUUUAUGUUUUGCUGAUUUAAUAAAAAAUAAGACAAAA